AUGGCGCCCUCAGCGUUGCCCCAGAAGCGCGCGUUUGGCGAGGCGUCAAGCGCCCGCAGCAAUAUUCACAAUCUUCCCGCCGCUUCAUCAGAUUCAGCCAAGAAAAGACGCCUCGACGAUGUCCCUCCCUCUUCCCGCUUCCGAACUUUCAAGAAUGACGGCAAGGGCAGGAUACCCUCUACCCAACCCAAGAGCGCCUUCGAGAGCGAGGUGCUUGAGCGUAUGAGCCAGGAUAUUUCCGAUCUGAAACAGAAUAACUCGGAAAAGGAUCAAGCUUGGGAACGCCCGCCACUACCAGCGACCUACAACCCAGCUACAGACAGUCUCUGCUUCCAGUCCAUUGAGGCUGAAGAGGGAUUCCUCCACGGCGGCCAAGCGACCAUUAAGCUGUUUGGUGUUACUGAGAAUGGAAACUCGGUCCUCCUCCAUGUCAAAGACUUCAAACACUACCUCUACGUUCAAGCCCCUGUAUCGUUUGGUCCCGAUGAUUGCCCCAAAUACAGAGCAUUCCUCGAAACGCAGCUCGCCAUGCCCACACCGGCCAUCCAUUCGGUCACCCUGACGAUGCGCGAGAACAUGUACGGCUUCCAAGGCAACACACAAAACCCUUAUAUCAAGGUCACCGUCAACGACCCAAAGUUCCUUCCCAGAGUUCGAAGAUUGAUCGAAACGAACAAAGCCAACUGGAAGGGCAUGUGGAAGAGCGAUGGAUCUAUCAUGACCUUUGAUGAUAUCCAGUAUUUGCUUCGGUUCAUGGUUGACUGCUCGAUUGCUGGUAUGUCUUGGGUGGAGGCUCCCGCAGGCAGCUAUCAGCUUGUCAACGAUAAACAUUCCAACUGUCAGAUCGAAGCCGAGAUGAGCUACCGGGACCUAAUAGCACACAAGCCCGUUGGCGAAUGGUCCAAGAUGGCACCUCUUCGAAUUCUCUCCUUCGAUAUCGAGUGCGCUGGCCGCAAGGGCAUCUUUCCCGAACCGCAACACGACUCCGUCAUUCAGAUCGCAAACAUUGUCACAAAGUACGGAGAGAAGAAGCCAUUUGUCCGUAAUGUGUUCUGUCUUGACACCACUAGCCCCAUCGUGGCUACCCAAAUUCUGUCUUUUGACAGGGAAGAGGACAUGCUCCGCGAGUGGCGCAACUUCCUGGAACAGGUCGAUCCGGAUAUCAUCAUCGGUUACAAUAUCGCCAACUUCGAUUUCCCCUACCUUCUCGACCGAGCUAAACAUCUCAAAGUCAAGGAUUUCGACUUUUGGUCUCGUACCAGGGUGAGAUCUGUCGCAAAGGAGACAAACUUCUCUAGCAAGCAGAUGGGCAAUCGUGACACCAAGGCUACAAAUAUCAACGGACGGCUUCAGCUCGACAUGCUCCAACUGGUACAACGCGACUACCAGUUGAGGAGUUACACCCUUAAUUCUGUCUGCUCACACUUCUUAGGGGAGCAAAAAGAAGACGUUCAUCAUUCCAUGAUCACAGAAUUGUUCGAAGGCACACCAGAAUCCAGGCGACGUCUUGCACUUUAUUGCUUGAAGGACGCCUACUUGCCGCAAAGGCUGAUGGACAAGCUAUCAUGUUUAGAAAACUACACGGAAAUGGCAAGAGUCACGGGUGUGCCGUUCAACUUCCUCUUGGCCAGAGGUCAGCAAGUCAAGUUCUUGAGUCAGCUUUUCCGCAAGGCUUUGGAGCAGAAGCUGGUCAUUCCCAAUCUACGUCCCGAGUCCUCGGAAGAGCAGUACGAAGGUGCUACUGUCAUUGAGCCUACAAGAGGCUAUUACGAUGUGCCAAUUGCGACUCUCGAUUUCGCUUCACUGUAUCCCAGUAUCAUGCAGGCGCACAACCUUUGCUACACAACACUCAUCAAGAAGCGGGAUAUCGAGAGAUGGGAUUUGAAGAAGGACGAGGACUACAUUGUUACUCCGAACGGAGACAUGUUUGUGACGACUAAGCAGAGGAAGGGUCUUUUGGCACAGAUUCUGGAGGAGUUGCUCUCUGCCAGAAAGCAAGCGAAGCGCGAGUUGGCCGUAGAGAAGGACCCAUUCAAGAAGGCUGUGCUGAACGGUCGUCAGUUGGCCUUGAAGGUCAGCGCCAACUCCGUCUACGGUUUGACGGGAGCCACAAACGGCAAGCUUCCUUGCUUGGAAAUCGCCAGUAGUGUCACCAGUUUCGGUCGUCAAAUGAUCGAAAGGACCAAAAAGGAGGUAGAGGAGCGGUAUACCAUUGCCAAUGGCUACUCUCACGAUGCUCAGGUCAUCUACGGUGAUACCGAUUCCGUCAUGGUCAAGUUUGGAACCAAGGAUCUUGCUGAGGCCAUGAAGCUCGGCCAAGAUGCCUCCGAGUAUGUCUCGGGCAAGUUCGUCAAGCCCAUCAAGUUGGAGUUCGAAAAGGUCUAUUUCCCGUACCUUCUCAUUAACAAGAAGCGUUAUGCGGGUCUGUACUGGACCAAGCCUGAGAAGUACGAUAAGAUGGACACCAAGGGUAUCGAGACGGUUCGUCGUGACAACUGCUUGCUAGUUCAGACAGUUAUCGAGAAGGUUCUUAGGAUGAUCCUUAUCGACCAAGACGUCCCUGGAGCCCAAGCAUAUGUCAAAGACACCAUCGCCGACCUCCUGCAAAACAAGAUCGACAUGUCUAAGCUCGUCAUCACCAAGGCCCUGACCAAAGAGAACUACGACGCCAAGCAAGCUCACGUCGAGCUCGCGCAGCGCAUGAAGAAGCGCGAUGCCGGUUCUGCCCCGGGGCUCGGCGACCGCGUCGCCUACGUCAUGGUAAAAGGCGCCACGGGCUCCAAGAACUUUGAACGCUCCGAGGACCCCAUCUACGUGCUCGAGCACAACGUGCCCAUCGACACCAAGUACUAUCUGGACAACCAGCUGGCCAAGCCUUUGGGCCGCAUCUUCGAGCCUAUUCUGGGCGAGACCAAAGCCAAGUCACUCUUGCACGGCGACCACACCCGCGUCGUCUCAGUCGCCGCCCCGACCGUCGGGGGACUCAUGAAGUUCGCCAAGAAGACGCAGACCUGCAUGGGCUGCAAGAAGCCGCUGACGGGCAAAGAGGAGAGCCAGGGCGCUGUCUGUGCGGAUGAUGCUCCGAGAGUGGGUGAGCUGUACAAGAAGACGCUUGAUCGGGUGUCGGAUCUGGAGGUCAGAUUCGGCAGGCUCUGGACUCAGUGUCAGAGGUGUCAGGGGUCGAUGCACUGCGAGGUUAUCUGCAGUAGCAAGGACUGUCCGAUUUUCUACAUGCGGAUGAAGGCUAAGAAGGAUCUGGAAGAUGCGAACAAGGAGUUGCAAAGAUUUGAUUUCGAUGCGGCUGCUAUGUGGUGAAAAGGAUAGGUAUGGGUAUUUGAGGGCUGGGAUGGG